UAUAGUGCAAGAAGCCAAUGUCCUCAAAUGUGGGCACAGGGUCUUAGGAGGUUAAAGGUCACCUAAUGCGCGUCAGGUGAGUGCGCUCAGCCCAGGUACUGUGCACGCGCAUACCCGCGGGCUGCUGGCCCUUUAAGAUGGUUUGGAGGGGGCGGGGCCUCCGGAGCAUCCUGGCUGCGGUGUUUUUGUAUCUCGUCAGUGAGCGCUCCUGGGCCGAGAGGGCUGAGAGGAUUUAGGAACGAAGGUGCUGACUGUAUAAAAAAAAGACAAGAAGAGGGAAAGACGAGCAAGGAACCCAGGGGGAGGAGACAUCCCAUCCUCACAGCACAGGCAGCUGGUUUUGUGUGAAUGUAAAGCAGCCAGAGGCUCAUCAUGGCUCAGGUGCUGCACAUGGACCCCGGUUUCCCAGGGAAACUCAACCCGCCUGUUCCUCCAUGCUUACACACCAAAGAGCAGGAGGCGCCCUACUCAGUGGAGACCCCCUAUGGCUACCGUCUGGACCUGGACUUCCUCAAAUAUGUCAACGACAUAGAAAAGGGGAACACCAUCAAGAAGGUGCCGAUCCAGCGCCGGCCCCGCUAUGGCUCUCUCCCCCGUGGCUACGGCUAUGCCGGCUCCUGGUGGACCUCCACAGAGUCUCUGUGCUCUAACGCCAGCAUGGACAGCCGGCAUUCCUCGUACUCCUACUGCGCCCCUGGCUACCACACGUCACAGAGGCCCAGCUUUAGCACUGCUCGGGUGGAGAAGACCCUUUUAGAUGCUCGCAGGAAGCUGGAGGAGGAGAAAGAGGGGCGGAGAUUCUCCAACCUGGGCAGUAUGCACAACAGCAUAUCUGGCUCCAACACCUCCAUCAGCAGUGCACACAGUUUCAACCGGGCCCAGGGUGGAGGUGGGUCCUUUACACCACUGAGCUCUGGCCUGUCCACACCAGUAACUCCAACCCCGGCUCACUUGCAACAUGUCAGAGAGCAGAUGGCUGCAGCCCUGAGGAAGAUAAAGGAGCUAGAAGAGCAGGUGAAGACCAUACCAGUGCUGCAGGUUAAAAUCUCUGUGCUGCAGGAGGAGAAAAGGCAGCUGAGUGUUCAGCUGAAGAGCCAGAAGUUUCUAGGCCACACUCUGGGUUUUAGCAGAGGUCGCUCCCGUGGGGAGCUCUACAUCGACAUUCCUGAAGAGGAGGUGAACGCUGCAGCUAAAAGCAUCAGCAAGACAUCAGACCCCGUGUCUCCAACCACAGCUGAAGCCUCUAAGCAAGACUCAGGUUGUGAAAUUGAAGACACAGUGAUUGCGGGUGGAGCUCGACCAGACGCGAGGAAAGAGGUGCGAACCGUUGGAGUGGGGCCGGAGAACUCGAGAGGCAGUCGUGAUGUUGGGGUCUGGGUUCGAGAGCAGGACCUGGGUCUGCUGUCUGAGUCAGAGACCCUCAAGGACCAAGUGGGUCAACUCGAGGGCAAGUUGAAGAGAACAGUGCAAGAGCUGGAGGCUGCUCAGCGGCAGGUGGCUGCCGUCCAGAAGGCUCCUCAGGCAGAGCAUCCAGUUAUGGCAACCAGCAUGGGGUGGCAGGAGCCACAAGGCAGCAGCCUGCACACUCUGGUUAGCUUCACACAGCAGCCACAUCAGAGGGAGCAAAGAACUGUGGGAAUCCAGGUGUACACACUGGAGAAGCCCACAGUGGUGGAGGUGGGCACACUGCUCCGAGCAGAGACCUGCAGCGCUCCCUCACCUCAACCAGCAGGUGGAGCAGUGGAGCGCCACCACAGCGGGCAGGCUGAAGGCCUGAGCUCAGCAGAGGGUCCAGUUGAAGGGCCGAUCGCUGUCACCUCCAAGCAGGUACGCGACAUCCUGAAAAGCGGGUUGUCCACCUCUGUACCUGUCGUUAAUCCUGCCGUUGUUGUAGCAUCUGGUGAUCAGAUCGGUUUGGUUCAUCCCAAAGAGGAGACACAAGCAGGCAAUGAAAAUGACCAAGAGGUCCCCUCUGAAGCAGCCUCGUCUCCUCAGUCAUCUCUGAGAUCGAUCAUGAAGCGUAAAGCGGAAGGCGAACCCGGCUCCCCGUCUACCAAGAAGAACCUGCAGUUCAUUGGAGUCAAUGGAGGCUAUGAGACCACUUCGUCGGAUGAUAGCAGCAGUGAGAGCUCAGAUGAAGGCAGCGACUCCAGUGAAUACCAUGAAGCCAGAGAAAAACUACCAGAACCGACCACCCAGCACCAGCUCACAGUCCUCACCAAGGCCUCCCAGCCUCAAGACGAAAGUGUACCUCAACAACCAGCAGCCACAGUUCCAGAUUUACAGCCCGACCCCUCCGCUGCCGUAGACACAAGACUGUCAGACAAAGCUCCUCCGGUACCAGCAACAGAAAAGUGGACCUCACAGCCAUCAGUUUCCACCUCAUCUCCACCAGAUCCUGCCUCUAAAGAGACUGUUGAACAGUUAUCAGAGAAGCACAACCAGGAAAUCCCCUCCGCUACUGGUCUGACCUCCAUUACACCUCCAGUUACCUGCUCUUCAUCUGCAUCUGUCUCUAAAACCUCAGACAGUACCAAGCCAGAAGCCUCCUCCUCUUCCUCCAGUCAGCCAGAGUCUGAACCAGCAGCAGAGUCUGCGCCUCCCAAACAAGUCAGACUGGAGCUGAGUGAAAGCUUCCUGUCAGCUCUGGACACCCUGCAGAAAGCCCUGGGAGAACCCAACGCCUUCAGCCAACAAGGAGCCAGGGCAGCCUACACCACCGUGCUGCAGGAGUGGCUGCGUGUGUCCUGUCACAAAGCAGCCAACACAGCUGUUGUCAAGGCCUACAUGGACACCUUCGCUUCCAUGUCCCCCCAGCUGUUGCAGUUUGUGAUCAACAUGGCGGACGGCAAUGGGAACACGGCCCUUCACUACACCGUUUCCCACUCCAACUUCCCUGUUGUGAAACUUCUCCUGGACACCGCUCUUUGUAACGCUGACAAGCAGAACAAGGCGGGUUACACAGCCAUCAUGCUGACGGCUCUGGCCGCCUUCAACUCUGACAGUGACCUCCAAACUGUCCUGCAGCUGCUGCGCGCCGGGGACGUCAACGCCAGGGCCAGUCAGGCCGGGCAGACAGCUCUGAUGCUUGCGGUGAGUCACGGCCGGGGGGACAUGGUUCGGGCGCUGCUGUCCUGCGGAGCUCAGGUCAACAUCCGAGACGACGACGGCUCCACGGCGCUCAUGUGCGCCUGCGAGCACGGUCACGUGGAUAUUGUCCGUCAGCUCCUUUCUGUCCCAGGGUGUGAUGCAACUCUCACUGAUAACGACGGCAGCACGGCUCUGUCCAUCGCCCUGGAGGCGAGCCAGAACGACAUCGCUGUACUUCUGUAUGCACACCUCAACUUCGCCAAGCCUCCUUCUCCCGUUUCUCCUAAGUCUCCUCUCCUGGGCUCGUCUCCUCCUUCUGGGGAACUCAAAUAAACCUCCGUCCUGCAGCCUCCCCACCUCUUCUCCACAUGCUUCUUCAUACAUGUCAUUUAGAAAAGCAUUGUGUUUGUUUUCACUCUGAGUAGUUUAGGUACAUCAUGAUGUUACGGUCUCUGCGCCACCGUCACACCUGGCUGUGGCUGCAGGUGUUUAGUGAUGCAAGAGAAGUUGCUCUGUAAUCAUCAUCCUGGCGUUGUAACAAAUCAGCUGUCUGCACUGCUGUCUUUGGCACUUAAAGGUCACAACUAUUUACCAAAGUACAGCUCACGUCUACUAAACACCCGUUUUAUGCAUUCUCACGUUAAAUGUUUCCAUGUUGGCGUUUUAUUCGACUCAGCUGCGUCACUGCAUGUGAUCCCCACUGCCAUCUGGAAUAAGAAAAGCCAACCCCGUCAUAGACAAGUGUCCUUGCAUCAAUGAGCUCCUUGGUGCUACUAAAUAAAAACUCCACCUCAGUCGGUAUUUAUGCACAGAUUUAUUUACACCAGAGUAUUUUUCUAUUCAUUUUUUUAUUCUGACUUAAUCCAGGAUGAUUAUCAUUUCUCUCCCAGAGUAAUCUGUUGAUGGCUGAGUUACAAACAACAACUUAACGUCUUGAUCAUGUUUUUGCAAAUUGAACCUAAAUAUUUUUGACUCAAGUCUGUGUGAAGGCAGGAAGGGAUGAUUCUCUGCUACAUUAGAGCUUUUGGAUUUGUAGUCAUGCAGGUAUUUUUGGUGGUAAAGAGGGAUUAGAUUGUAUUUGUGUAUGCAAUGUGCUCGGUUUUAAAGCUAGAUCUGUCUGGGAACCAAUAAGUGAGCGACCUGGGUCUUAAACGUUUGCCUCGUGUAUCAUAUGAGUAACCAGAUAAUAUAUGACCGUUCAGACUCACAAGCACUUUGCUUGAAAUCAGAUUCCUCAGUGAGAGUUUGGAGGCUGUUGAUGUCAAAAUGUCUGUUACUUUUUAAAGACUUUCUCACAUUUUUCAUACUCACUUUUCAGUGAUGCGAUUUUGAUAAACUCCAAAGUUUUUUUAUUUAAGUAUUUUAUCUUUUCUAGGGUUUUUAAUCUCACACCUAUUUUCCGUAGUUUGUUUUCUGGUGAUUUAUGUAAAACUCCAGACUCUUCUAAUUGGUGCAUUUUGGAAGAACAGUUAAUAAAUGCGGACUACAUGUU